CUUUUGUUAUCAUGCUCAUGUCUAAUACUUUGUCAAAACCAGAAGUCGUUUGGGAACAUACUUGGGAGUUCCUUUCUGAAGACAUUGAGCAUACGAGAAGAAAGCUAUUACAUAGACCAGGUACAAUACUGGUUCCUCGAUUUGCUUAAUAUUUUAUAUUUUCUCUCAAGGUGUUUAGGGAAUAUAGUAUGAAUUGUUAGUAGCUGAUGUUUUUUUUUUGUUUUAUGAAGAUCUUUGCUUGAGUGAUGCGGAAAAAAAACAAUAUGCGCUUACAGAGAUUGAGAAGCUUCUAAAGAGUAAUGGAACAUCUUUGGAGAAGUUCAAAAAGAUGCCUAAACCACUACCAGAUAUAGUUAAUAAUAACGUUUUGAUCAUGGACGAGCUCAGUUACGACCGGCAGGAAUUAGAAGCUGAUCUUCAGCGUGACACUCCAAAACUUACGGAUGAGCAAAAGAAGAUUUUUGAUGAAAUUACUGAUGCUGUUAUUACGAAAAAAGGAGGCGUCUUUUUUGUCUAUGGAUUUGGUGGUACAGGCAAAACUUUCUUAUGGAGAUUGCUUUCUGCAGCAGUACGUGUCAGGGGCGAAGUAUGUCUGAAUGUUGCCUCAAGUGGUAUAGCUUCCCUAUUGCUACAGGGAGGAAGGACUGCACAUUCUCGAUUUGGAAUUCCUAUAAAUCCAGAUGAAUUCUCCACUUGCUCACUUACAAAAGGAACUGAUAAAGCAGAGCUGGUAAAAGCAGCGUCCCUUAUAAUUUGGGAUGAAGCUCCAAUGAUGAGUAAACACUGUUUUGAAUCAUUGGAUAGGAGUAUGUUAGACAUUGUUGGAGACAAUGAUAAGAGACCUUUUGGUGGCAAAGUUGUCGUAUUUGGUGGAGACUUUAGACAAGUAUUGCCUGUCAUUCAUGGAGCUGGAAGGGCUGAGAUCGUUAUGGCUGCUCUUAAUUCAUCUUAUCUUUGGAAGCAUGUAAAAGUUUUGCAAUUAACCAAGAAUAUGCGGCUACUGUCAAAUAAUCUAUCUACUGAAGAGGCAAAAGAAUUGCAAGAGUUUUCACAAUGGAUAUUAGACAUUGGAGAUGGAAAGAUUGGUGAUGGAAAUGAUGGGGAAGCUCUUAUCGACAUUCCAGAAGAGUUCUUAAUUCUUGAUGCUGAUGAUCCAGUGGAAGCUAUAAGCGCAGCAGUAUAUGGAGAUGCUACUUCUUUACACCAGAAGGACCCAAAGUUUUUUCAAGAGAGAGCUAUACUGUGUCCUACUAACGAGGAUGUGAACAUUAUUAAUCAACAUAUGCUGGAUAAGCUUGAUGGUUACUUACGAUUCCUUGAACUUUACAUGAAUUAUUUUGUUAGAUGUUUGGUUUUUGGUCACUAGAGUAACACUUUACUGUUUUAAUGCAGGAGAGGAAAGAAUAUACUUAAGCUCUGAUUCUAUCGACGCUUCUGAUAAGUUUUCUGUUAAUGACCAAGCUCUCACUCCAGAUUUCUUAAACAGAAUUAAAGCAUCAGGAUUGCCAAAUCAUAUUCUGCGACUGAAAGUUGGUUGUCCAGUGAUGUUGCUAAGAAACAUAGAUCCUACUGG